AUGGAGGUCAUGGGGUGGGUGAUCCUGGAGGGCAUGGGGUGGGGUAACAUGGAGGUCAUGGGGCGGGGGAACAUGGAGGUCAUGGGGUGGGGUAACAUGGAGGGCAUGGGGCGGGGGAACAUGGCGGGCAUGGGGUGGGGGAUCAUGGAGAGCAUGGGGUGGGGGAUCAUGGAGAGCAUGGGGUGGGGUAACAUGGAGGACAUGGGGUGGGGGAUCAUGGAGAUCAUGGGGUGGGGUAACAUGGAGGGCAUGGGGCGGGGGAACAUGGCGGGCAUGGGGUGGGGGAUCAUGGAGAGCAUGGGGUGGGGGAUCAUGGAGAGCAUGGGGUGGGGGAUCAUGGAGAGCAUGGGGUGGGGGAACAUGGAGGGCAUGGGGUGGGGGAUCAUGGAGGGCAUGGGGUGGGGGAUCAUGGAGAGCAUGGGGUGGGGGAUCAUGGAGAGCAUGGGGUGGGGGAACAUGGAGAGCAUGGGGUGGGGGAUCAUGGAGAGCAUAGGGUGGGGGAACAUGGAGGGCAUGGGGUGGGGGAUCAUGGAGGGCAUGGGGUGGGGGAUCAUGGGGUGGGGGAUCAUGGAGGGCAUGGGGUGGGGGAUCAUGGAGAGCAUAGGGUGGGGGAACAUGGAGGGCAUAGGGUGGGGGAUCAUGGAGGGCAUGGGGUGGGGGAUCAUGGAGAGCAUGGGGUGGGGGAUCAUGGAGAGCAUGGGGUGGGGGAUCAUGGAGAGCAUGGGGUGGGGGAACAUGGAGGUCAUGGGGUGGGGUAACAUGGAGGACAUGGGGUGGGGGAUCAUGGAGAUCAUGGGGUGGGGUAACAUGGAGGGUAUGGGGCGGGGGAACAUGGCGGGCAUGGGGUGGGGGAUCAUGGAGAGCAUGGGGUGGGGGAUCAUGGAGAGCAUGGGGUGGGGGAUCAUGGAGAGCAUGGGGUGGGGGAUCAUGGAGGGCAUGGGGUGGGGGAUCAUGGAGAGCAUGGGGUGGGGGAUCAUGGAGAGCAUGGGGUGGGGGAUCAUGGAGGGCAUGGGGUGGGGGAACAUGGAGGGCAUGGGGUGGGGGAACAUGGAGGUCAUGGGGUGGGGGAUCAUGGAGGGCAUGGGGUGGGGGAACAUGGAGAGCAUGGGGUGGGGGAACAUGGAGGGCAUGGGGUAG